GACCGCGGCACGGUGUCGCACAAGACCAAGGGUGGCGAGCAGAAGUGGCGCUGCACCGACUGCAACGCGUUCAGAGGCAAGAGGGACAGAUGGUUCCGCGAUGAGCCCAUCCUGAAAGCAGAGUGGCAGCGGAUGCCCGUGGAGAAGCGCAACGAGUGGAUCAACGAACAUCGUGAUCACCCCGAGGGCCUCCUGUCGGCGCUGCAGACUAAGGUCUGCGAGACUCAGCGGACACACGAGAGUGAGGAACGGGCUGGGAGUGGCACGUAUUUUGACGAGGCCGACAUCAGGGAGAAGUACAAGCGCAAGCCGGAUGUUGCCCAGUCGAUCAUCGACAACGCGGACCGUUUCGUGUGCCAGGUGGCCAAGCGCACGAUGUUUGAAGACAUCGACUACACCAGGGUCCGCAGGCAGGGAGAAUCGAAGGAGAAGGUUCGCUCGAUGGAGCUGGCCACCGAGCAGUCGCUCAAGAAGCAGAAGAUCGGCAGGGAGCUCAAGGACGACGGCGGCCCUGCCGAUGGCGCCGACGUGGAUGGCCGCGGAGGGAGGAGGCCGAAGGCGACCAAGUCGCAGAAGCCUUUGACGGAGCAGCAGAAGGGGACGCUGCAGAAGUCCAAGGACGUUGUCACCAAGCUGCUGGCCACCCUCUCCGAGUGCAUCAAGAAAGCCGAUGAGGAGAAUGAGUUGGAGUACAUCCCGAAAUACGUCGCGACGGGGUGUGCGGCCGCAGUUACCGAGGCCAACGUUGUCGUCAGCGACAUCGAUGUUGUCUUGGCGGAGGGGCGGGAGCAGACGCCUGAGUUCAAGCUCGGCGUGCUGACCGCCAAGAUCUCGGUGGCCAAGACCAAGCUGAAGGAGAUGCACCGCAGGAUGUUGGUGCAGAGGGAGGAGGCAGCUCAAGCAAAGGCCGCCGACACCGUGUCGAUGCCCGUCGGAGGGGCGUAG